AUGGAGGCCCCUACUUCCCUUGAAAUUUCUAAAGCUCUUUAUUUGAGCAAGUCAGUCGUGGAAGCAAAUCUAUCCAAAAAGGGAGGAUGUCUUGGUUUUCGUAUGGAGUUUCUGGUUCAAAAAGCUUGUGAUGCUGUUGAGGCAAAAGAAUGGGACACAUUUAGGGCUAUUCUGGCUCUAAGUAUCUAUGGUAUCAUGAUGUUCUCAAAUGUGGCUAACUUUGUUGAUAUGAACGCGAUUCAUAUAUUCAUUCUACAAAACCCGGUUCCUACACUUUUGGGGGAUGUUUAUCACUUCGUUCAUCACAAGAAUAGUCAGAAAGGGGGUUUCAUUAGAUGUUGUGCUCCGUUGCUGUACCCUUGGUUCAGAUCACAUUUAUCUGAGCGUGGCGCUUUCGUUGAUAAUAGGCACACAUCUAAAUGGGCUGAGAGGAUUAUGGGGCUGAGGGCUAAAGAUAUUGUCUGGUAUAAUAAAGCUUUAGAUGACAUGGAAGUUAUUAUGAGUUGCGGAAAGUUCAGUAAUGUACCUCUUACGGGUCUAAGAGGUGGGAUCAAUUACAAUCCCAUCUUGGCUAGGAGAGCAUUUGGAUACGCUUUUGUAAGUCCUCCUGAACAAACAGAGAUUGCUGAGACUAUCUUCUAUCAUUCGGCCACCGACAAUGGGAAAAUGGCAGAAGCAGUACAAGCUUGGAAGAGUAUUUGUUGGAGAGAUAAGAAACAUUUUGGCCUGAGAGAUUGUGCUACUUACGAGGAUUAUACUAAGUGGGUCAAAUCUGUGGCUGAUGCUCAAGGGAUGCCUUUCCCUCCUAAAGACCCUUUGUACCCCCUCCUGGUGAAUAACCCAACAUCGUCUCCAUGCCUCGUUAUAACCAAACUGUGGAGCAGAAUCGAAGAUUGA